GUAUUUUUCAGCAUAGCAACAGUAAUAACAUCCUGCUAUGCAUUAUAUAAUUUUGUUAAGUUUGGGCGAGUGUGUGUCGGAAAAUGGAUGUUGAACGUCAUUGAAUUUUGUACUGAUAAGAAAAAGGUUUAAAUUUAAAUAUGCGAUGGCUGCUGGAGGAGAAAUACCGGUUUUUAAUAUCAACAGCUUCUUUGAAAAAGCUGAAGAAAUAAGUAAAUUCUUAUCACCAGAGAAGCAGGCAAAAUAUAAAAAUGGUCUCAUAUUGCUUCGAUAUGCAUGGGCAAAUGUAAGAUCGAAUUAUAAUUUAUUAACAUUAUCUUUUUUUAUUGCAUUAUACAGAACUAUGUAUAAAUUGGCACUGGUGUACUGGCAGUUCCUGUUUAAAUUUUACGUAUAUUUUGUUUAAGUUUAAACCGCUUUCGAGGAUAGACAAAUACUACUUGGACUCUCUAAAUAACUUAAAAAAACUUUCUUACAGUUUUCGAUGUGGAUAUAACUCCGUGUAUUAUCUUUUUACAAAAAUGCAAGGACAAUGAGGAAACCGCAGCUAAUUUUAGAUAUGAUGUUUGAUAAAGCUAUAAACUGCUGAGACGGCGCAUAUGGUAUAAAUUGGGAUUGUCUAUAGAAAUUGUGUUUAUUUAACAUACAUACCUGCGUAUACAACUUUGUCACUGUAAACCCUCAUUAUAAGAAUUUUAUUAUUUUUGUUUUACUAAACUCUGAAAGUACCUUCCUAUGACUGCACAGAAAUAGCCUGAACAUUUAUGGUGCUAGGAAGCAAAUAUAUGGAUGGUCCAUACCAAUGUGAAAAAUGGUAAUCAUGCUGCACCAUUUCCGGUAUUUUGUCAUUACUCUCACAAAAAAAAUAGUUCACUAUAACGAUACAGAAGUAAGCAUUCCAACGAAAAGUAAUUUUGUCUUUAUGCUCCUGAAUUAGGAUCGGAGAGCCAUAGUUGAUGAAAAGCAUGAUAAAUUACUAUACAUUUACACUGUAUAUAAUUAUUACUUUCAAUAUAAUUAUCCUACAGUGGUAAAUAGGCCACGUCUUUACAUAUACACAAGUUUUAUAUAUAUAAGUAUUACCUCCAAUGUUGUAAUCUAACAAUAAUGAACGACGACUUUACAUACACACUAGUCUUUUUUAUAAGAAUUAUUUCCAAUUUUGUAAUUUUACAGUAAUUAUUAGGCGACAUCUAUACAAAUGCACUAAUACUUGUAUAUAAUUAUUACUUCAUCUAUUUAAAUAUAACACUUAUAAAUAGGCGAUGUCUAUACAUAUACACUAGUAUUGUUUAUUAUUAUUACUUGCAAUAGUGUAAUCUUAUAGAAAUAAGUUGGUGACGUCGUCAACUAAGGAAGAAAACAUGGCACAUUACGGAACAAAAUAAUUACAUAUUUCAGCCUUUUGUGCAUCAAAAGCAGGCAGUAAUAAUUUAAUUCACAUUUGUUACUUGCAUUUCUCGAUAAUGCAGCUGUCUCCACAACACUCAUUUGGCUGAUAAAGUCCAUAAUUCUCUUGAUGCUGAUUAAAUGAAGUUUUUUUUAUAAGAUUAAUGUAUAUUAUCUAUUGCUUCUACAAUUUUAUUGCAUACAUUACUUAUAAAUGUUUGGAAAUUUUUUGGCAUUUGCGAAAAUUUAAUUUCAAAAAGAAAAGUGUGUUCAACCUCAAGCAGAAAGGAAAAGAACGAUCAUGCAUGUUGCGAUCGACCCCAAACACAAAGCUUGUAAAAGAAGUAAAGCAAAUUCUGAUGUCUUUACACGAACAGAUCGAGGUGUCAACAAUAGAAAAACACCCUGUUUCGAGUCGCGGUCGUUGGACAUCCCAAUUAUCGCUUAGCAAGUUUUCCAUCGACUCAGAAAAGCUAAAACCAACUGGCAGAGCUCAAAAGUCCGCAACGCCGCCAUCUGGGCAGGCAUCCGUCAAGUCAAGUGAAUCAGGGUCUAUAAAUACGACAAUAGGGACAACAGCACUGAUGUACGAACGGACCUGCAAAAAAGAAACAGCACGAUCAAUGGAAACAAUUCCUUACAGUGUGAAAGAAAAUAGCGAUGCUCAGGAAAUAGAAGACGACUUGGAAGUAUUUCUUAAGAGGUUGGAAUUAAAUCUUAAACAAGAACAAAUAAGUUACCAGAAGAUAAAUACAGCGACAAAGAAACAAGCAAACAGCGAUGCCGAGCACGUAUAACUCAAAUUGAGUCUAUGUUUGACGGAGUUAUUGCUGCUUUUGAUGAUUUGGGUCUGAGGUGGCAAAAGAAGCAGAGCGAAAUAGCUGAUGGGGGAACAAAGUGCGAGUUGAAAAAAGAAAUCAGCCAACUGAAAGCACAGCUCGAAAUGAAAGAAAUAAGAAAUAGCGACUUCCAACAGGAAAUUAGAGACUUGGCAAAAGACAUCAAAAAUUGGGAAGAAGUUGAGAACCUACAAAAUAUUGGCAAAGAUACGAGUACAUAUUUGCGAGAUUUGCGAACUGUACGUAUUCUUAUUUCCCGGAAAAAGCAAGAUGAUCUGACAAUAAUCAAAAGGUUGCGAGAGGAAAUUGGUAAUUUUGAAAAUGAAUUAAAACAUUGGUCAGAUCUCACUGAAGUCAAUCGUAUAGAUGGUCUGGAUUCUGAAUUUUGCGUUGCAUUACGACGUCUCCGAGAGAAGACGUUCGAACGGAAGAAACAGAGUUUUGUGAUUACAGAGAAUAUGAGGAUUGCUGAAGACGAACUUAAACAACUCAAACUUGAAGUCUUCAAAUGGGAACAGCUUGAAACUGUUAACAACUUGCAUAAUCCUAAAUAUUUCCACAUGGCAUUAGAUGUCAACGAAAUUAGAAUUGCGAUUGUCAAUAUCAAAAAAAUACAACAGGGGAGCAUUCAUAGUUUCGAAGCCAAGAUGAAAGAAUUCAAAUCUUUGUGCAAAUAUAUAAUGGACGAUGAAGUGAACCCAAUAGGAGGAGAACGCACUUCUUCAGACGAACCAGAUGUUAAAGUGUGUAUAAGUUGCAUCCGAAGAUGGAAAGAAGACAGACAGAACACUCAACUAUUUGUAGAGGAGAAUUUUCCCCUGUUGCAGUCCUCUCUGAUCAGACUUAAAAGUAAACCAUAUUCAUUUCACGAACCAAAAAGGAGAAAAGAUAUCAAACUCCGUUCUGAGGUCUUUUCAGACAUCCAAUUAUGCGUCUAUCAACUUGUCGACUGCAUAAAAUACAAUGAUAAAAGAUUCACGACUUCAUACAUUGAUUGUUCAAAAGCGCUCCAACUAAUUCGGGAGCACUACUUUGCAUUAACGUCAGAGCAGUACCCGCUGCCCAGAAAAGAGACACCAUAUGAAAUUAUCAUUCAGAACAUUACUGACCGACUUGUUCAACUAGGGAUCACAAAGCACCAAAUAGCAGAACUCGUGGAAGAAAAGAACAGUUUAGCACUAAGGUUGAACAAAGCCACCGGUGCAGCAAAUCUUCGUGAGAAUAACCCGAACAUUGCUGAGCUGAGCGAUCCGAACAGACCGACGAAAUUAUCCGAACGAUACUCUGAACUUUAUGACAACCAGUGGACAAACGCCUUUGAGAAGCUCAUAGACGGAAAGAGAUGUACAGAGAAAAGAGCGAUCGACUGUUUAUUGGAGAUAUUUUAGGAGGCUUAUCUUUUCUGCACAGACAUAAGCAAUACGCAAGCACAUUUGUUGAAAUCAACAAUCCUUUGUCCUGUACAGGAUCUGAAGUCCUCUCACAUUGGCGCAAAUGACCAAAAACUAUCAUCCGAGCAUGCCGUUAUGAUAUCUGAAUUACGAAAAGGAACAGUCGACGACUCAAUUAUCGAUUUGCAAAAGCAUUUCAAGAAAAAGCAUGCUGAUUUUGCUGAUAGUGCAACAAAGAUUUUCACUGAUGAAUGUGUACGACUUUGCUGGAUGAUGUGUGUCCAAACUCCACCACUUUGGGUCGACUGUCAGACGAAAAGCGACGAUAGUUUCAACAAAAACGUUUACAAGAGCUAUACGGCCACUGGUCCAAAGGUGGAAUACGUCGUUUGGCCAGCGCUGUAUUUGCAUCAUGGAGGAGGUUUGCUUCUGAAAGGUGUUGCACAGGGAAAGGCGUCAAGAAAAUAAACCACACCAAAGCAAACUUCAACUUCUGAAGGACUUUUACAUGAUUUAAAAAACAACUAAUUUUUCAUAGUUGUGACGGUUUUAAUCAAACGCUCUUAUUCUACUGUUUGCACAGUUAAGUAGCAGCUACUGUUCUGCACACACUACUCUACAACAGUGCAAAGAUAGUUAAGUAGCAACUACAUGUAUAUAUUUCCUACAAAAGAUAACGUUCUUACCAACAUUCUAACUGGCGAAACUGUUUGCUCGGCACCGAAAGAAAGUGUUUCGUGUUACUAAGCAAACAUUGUUGUUGAGUUUAGUAGCACAUCCUGUUUUACAUAUCUUCUUAUCAUAAUAUUUCAGUCAGUUUCAAAAAAGGUGAAAUAGAUAAUUUAGGAAUUGGGCUUUAUUAAAUACAACACUUCAUAAUGCAUAUGUCUUUCUGGUAACAGUUAUAUAAAAAGUUCAAUUAUUUAUUCUUAAUAGAUCAUGUAGGCAAUAUCUAUGGCAGCCAAGUCUUUUUCAGUUUUGUAUAUGGGUCAAGUAAAUCGGACAAUAUAUAAAGAGUUUCGACCCUUUAUUGUACAUAAUUCUAUAAGACACAAUUUAGAAUCCAAAACUAAUCAAUCAACGUAUUGUCAUAACUUGAAGCGAUUUCAAUGUUGUUAAAUGCAUUACGUUUGUUAUUUUCUGUACAUUUUUAAGUGUUUCUAACUAGAUUUUCUUCAAGAUGACACUUGCCUGAGGAAGCAUCAACGUCUUUGCCCUUGUUGAUAAUUGUUGGAAUAAGUGAGAUUUAAAUAUUUAUGUGUUUGUACGUGUGUAUGUGAUGUUUGUACGUGUGUAUAUGUGGUGUUUGUACGUGUGUAUGUGGUGUUUGUACGUGUGUAUGUGGUGUUCGUGUGUAUGUGGUAAUUGUACGUGUGUAUGUGGUGUUUUUACGUGUGUAUGUGGUGUUUUUACGUGUGUAUGUGGUGUUUGAUCGUGUGUAUGUGGUGUUUGUACGUGUGUCUGUGGUGUUUGUACGUGUGUCUGUGGUGUUUGAACGUGUUUAUGUGGUGUUUUUACGCGUGUAUGUGGUGUUUGUACAUGUGUAUGUGGAGUUUGUACGUGUGUAUAUGGUGUUUGUACGUAUGUAUGUGGUGUUUGUACGUGUAUAUGUGGUGUUUGUACGUGUGUAUAUUGUGAUUGUACGACUGUUAUGUACUUUCAGGUUUGUACAAAUCAUGCCCAAUUAGUAAACAUUUGCCAUUUUGUCAUUAGUUCCAAAUGGAUUUAUAUACAGCAAAUUAUCAUUCUAAACCCAUCAUGACUUCAUACUGGUGGUAUGUAGAUGUAUUUGGACAAUGCAUUUGUCGAGACAAGAGUCAUCUCAUUUUAAAUGGCAGAGAGGGCUCUUUAUAGCUCAUUUUCAGAUGUGAAGUGGUUUCACGUAUAACUGUCUUCAUAGUCGGAAUUUGAAUUUUGAGUUCAUUUAAUAUAACUGAGGGCUGUCGAAUAUCAAACCAUCUAUAUGUAGUUAGAAAAAUUUGCAUAGCAUAAUCACGCAAUUUACUAUAUAUUUUAUAAAUCGUAGAUUAUUUUUGAUAGCAAUUAAAAUGACUGAAGAAAUAGUUUAAAGUUUAAUGUUUCUUAUACUAUACACAAAGCAAUUAUAAUUUUAAUGGUAAGAUAAUUGGUUUUGUAGAAUACACAGUAUUUUAUAAAACAUUGUAACACUAUCAUAAAUAAAUUUGCCCUUAAAAUGAGCACCUUAAAUGGCGCUUCAAGUGUGAUUUAAUUUUAAACGAUUUGUCUGCUGUCUUUUUUGAAUUUCAUGAGAGUUGUAUUGAUCACUGCUUUCAUUUAAAUUAAAUGAUAGAAUAUUGACUUUAAUGGUUUUAAUUCAUCAACAGAAUAAACUUACACAAGUGUGA